AUGUUAGCUUUAACUGAAUUUCAACGUGGCAAAAUAAUGAACCCAUUUCCAAACAGUCAAAAUUCUCGUGCUAUUAAAAAAUAUAUUGAUUGUGAAGGUCUUGCCACAAAGCAGCAAAGUGGUCGUCCAAAAUUAAUUAUCAACGAAAAUCAGAAGCAAAAUAAUCAAAAGUCUGCUAAACAACGACAAACAAUA